AUGGCCGCUUGGUUGAGUCAACCAGUGCAACUGCACUCGAGUCGUAAAUUCAACUGUGAGGAUAUCACGCCAGAAGAAUGCGAGUAUUAUUAUCAACGUUGGCACUACUGGUAUGAAGCCGAUCACGUAUUUGCAUUGCCAACGGUGGCAUUCUUCAUGUGCACUAUCGGCAUAUUCAUCAUUGCUCGUGUCAUAUCACGGACUCUUAGCUACCGCAUAGGUCGAGGUCUUCCGAUAUGGAGGAGGAUAAUUGCGGCAGUUCGUUACCUGUCUUAUCGUGGGUUCUACGUGAAGAAAUUCCGAUGGAGCUCACCCUCUGUGGGACUCUUGAUGCUGGCAAGUAUCGGCACCACUUACUUUUUCUGCAUGGAUUUGGCUCCCAAGCCCUAUUACUGGCCGAACUUGAACUGGGGAAACUCUCCAGCGCUCGGUACCAGAUCUGGAUGGCUGGCUCUGGCGUGCAUGCCUUUUGUUUUCGCUACCGCUAGCAAGGCGAACUGGAUCACCCUGCUUACGGGUGUCCCUCAUGAGAAACUCCAAGUAUUCCAUCGAUGGAUCUCCUAUGCCUUCUUUAUCCUCGCACUAAUGCAUACGUUUUCAUUCAUUGUCUACCAUAUCCGGAAUGCUGACAUGGUGCACCAGAUUACCGAAAGUAACACUCUAGUCUACUGGACUGGCAUAGUUGCAUUGGUACUUCAAGCAUGGUUAACCUUUGCAUCUUUCAGUUUCUUCCGGAACCUUGGUUACGAGUUCUUUAAAGCAGCACAUAUCUUUGCAGUCAUCGUGUUCAUGUUGAUCUUUUUCUGGCAUUGCAAUUUUAGACUCACAUCAUGGGACUACUUCAUAGCAACAGCGGCAGUAUACAUUCCAUGCCUACUCUACUCGUGGCUUCGAACUUUCUUUGAGUAUGGGAUCGGUCAGAAGGCGCAAAUUGUUAUCGAAGACAACGGCUUCACUCGUAUUACGAUCCCUGCAAACUUUGAAUGGGUGCCUGGACAGCACUGUUUUCUGCGCUUCCCCAGCUUUGGUAUCCACGCUCUCACAUCCCACCCAUUCACGAUCUGCUCACUUCCCUCGGUAUCACCACAUGAGCAGUCCAAUCUUACAUUCUACAUCCGUCACCAAGGCGGCUUCACCGCGAAACUUUACAAUUAUGCUACGAAGCAAGCGAGUGUCUCAGCCCCCGUACUUAUUGAUGGUCCUUACGGAGGAAUUGAUCGUCAGAAAUUCUACAACAGUGACCACGUCAUUGUUAUUACAGGUGGUUCGGGAGCCGGAUGGAGUCUACCUUUCAUUGAGCAAUUCUGUAGACAUUACCUUUCCAUGGCGAACAAGACGAACAUCCCGAAUAUGGAAGCUUCUGAUGAAGAGAAGAAUACCAGCGGUGACCCGCAAAGCUUGGUAUCAACUCUGUCAAUGCGUGUGGUUCUAGCGACGAGAGAGUCUGCCACAAGUGUCUGGUUUCAGAGACGUGUUGGCGAGAUCCUAUCACAGCACUCACUAGAGCAUUCAUCGCUUGACCUUGAUUUACAAGUUUACGUGACCAGUGAAACGAAGAGGGACUCAUACUCGCCAGGAGUACUUGCGGACCAAGAGAAUGCCGUGUCUCUUCAGAUAGUGGGAGAUACCACUACACAGAAAGAUAACGAAAAGGGGGAACGCAUGACAUGUAACCUUUUAAUUCAAGAACAACACAGCCGACCACCAUUACCACUGAUCAUUCAGGAAGAGGCUGCAAAGGUGGCAGAGGCUAGACAGUCAUUGGGCGUUUUCGUCUGCGGGCCUCACACGAUGCAGAAUGAUGUGCGUAACGCUGUGGCAAAGGAGAACCUACGUCUCGUGAAUAAUCCAAGUUUCGAAGGCGUUUACUUGCAUAUGGAACACUUUUCGUGGGCGUAA